GCCGUCGCCGGCGCAGGCGGAGGAGCCGUGCCAGGCGGAGCCCGCGCCCAGCCCGGAGAGGCACAGGCAGGGGCUCGGAGACUCCCGGUCCCUGCCCUGCCUGGCGAUGCCGGAGGUGCACCACGGCGCCCCUGGCGCUGGACCUCCCGGCCAGGCUGCCGAUCACAGACACAGCGUGACACGGUCGCUCCCCAUCAGCUUCAGCUCCGAGGCACCAGCGGCCCCGCCCGAGCACCCCCUGCCGGCGCGCGUCGCCACUGCGCCCGCGGGCAGGCGGCCGCCGUCGCCGCCAGAG